GCCCAAAUUGUGCCGAUGACAUCAGGUUGCGCAUGCGCAUAGAAGUCCUCCUUGCCCUUGAUACCGAGUCAUUUUAUACCGGCGACCACAGACAUCAAAAAUGUUGUCCUGCACAAAGUUCAUGGCUCCGGCAUCUAGGACACUGGUUUCUUCAACCAGGCUGGCAGCUGCUAGACCAUUGGCUGGAGCAGUAUCUAAGGGUCAAGAUCAGAACACAGCAGUAAGCUCAUACUGUGGUUUGUCAGGCUUCUCUAGUGAGCUCAGCACAUCUCUAGCCAUGUCACCAAUUCUGAGCCAGGUGCGAGGAUUGCAAACGAGUGCAGCGAUGAGAGAUAUCGACUCUGCUGCAAAGUUUAUCGGCGCUGGAGCCGCCACUGUGGGAGUCGCCGGAUCCGGAGCCGGUAUCGGAACGGUAUUUGGCAGCCUCAUCAUUGGAUAUGCAAGAAACCCAAGUCUAAAGCAGCAGCUUUUCAGCUACGCCAUUCUUGGUUUUGCCCUGUCUGAGGCCAUGGGGCUGUUCUGUCUUAUGAUGGCUUUCCUGCUCCUGUUCGCUUUCUAAACGUAAAUAGUGAUUAACGUAGGUAAUGAUGUAAGAUAUUCGAGUCGGGAAUUAAAAGCUCAACAAUUCUUAUUUGCAACACCCAACAAAACGGAGCCGAAAGAUGUCUAGUCCAUCAGCCACGAGUACCGAGUGAUGUGCCGCGUAUGUGAGACCGUGCCGCAUGGGUGUGAAACUACGUAGUUGAAAGGUAUGGUCUGUGUGUGCGAUUUGUUUACAUGCAUUCCACAUAGAUGCAAGAAGGUGUGCUGAUGUACAUGACUUUCGUCCGAUUUCACAGCAUUGUAGGUCAGAGGCUCGAUUGGUCAGUCGACAACUAGUUGUUUCACCUCGUACUUGUAAUUUUGUUUCUAAAGAAGCUGUUAUUAAAAAAUGUUUAAUGUGUUAAACCCU